CAACGGCGACCGCGCGACGAGGAGACGGAAGAAGAAGCAGUUUAGUCGGCCGAUAGGGAGCACAGAGAGAGAGAACGAGCCGCCCGAGACACACACGAGCCGAGGGGAUUGUCAUACGUACUCCGGAGCCAGGAAGUCUCGUGGGAAUUUUUUUUUGUUGUUGUUGUUGUUUGGUUGGUGCACGGCAUUUACCGUAUAACGGAGGAUACAAAAAAACAAACAAAAAACAGCGUACGUAUACUCGUACGAGGAGACGAUUAAACGAGCAGUAGGCACAACGAUAUGGACAAGAAGGAGCAAUUUUACUCGCCCCCGCCCGAGGUCGGCAAGUGGGAGAGCCUCGGGAUCUUCAUCUACAACUCGGAGACCGGCCAAAUACUCGGCCGUACCCUCGGCAGUUGGGGCAAGAUCCUGCUGUUCUACUUGAUAUUCUACGCUGUGCUGGCCGGCUUCUUCGGCGGCAUGCUCGCCGUGUUCUGGCAAACGCUGGACAUGAAGCAGCCCAAGUGGCAGCUCGAGAGCUCGCUGAUCGGCAGCAACCCGGGUCUGGGCUUCCGGCCCAUGCCUCCAGAGAGCAACGUCGAGAGCACCCUCAUCUGGUACAAGGCCAGCGACGAGGGCAACUUCCGCCACUGGUCCCGCGCUCUCGACAAGUUCCUCCAGACUUACAACAAGACCGGCCAAGGUGCCGUCAACCAGGAGAACCGGGUCUACUGCGACUACGGCAAACCGGCACCUUCCGGCAAAGUUUGCGACGUCAUCGUGCAAGACUGGCACCCCUGCACAAAGCCAAACUUUUACAAUUACCAAAAGUCCGCGCCCUGUAUAUUCCUCAAGCUGAACAAAAUAUACGGCUGGGCACCCAAGUUCUUCAACGACACGUCGAAGCUGCCCGCCAACAUGCCCAAUGACCUGAAGAACCACAUUGCCAACCUGAAGCCGCAGAAUCGCGACACCGUGUGGGUGUCAUGCGAGGGUGAGAACCCGGCCGACGUCGAGAACAUCGGGCCCAUCCAGUACAUCCCGCGCCGCGGCUUUCCCGGCUUUUACUUCCCCUUCACGAACACGCCGGGCUACCUAUCGCCCCUCGUCGCCGUCUUCUUCGAGAAGCCCAAGUAUGGUGUACUGAUCAAUGUCGAGUGCAAGGCGUGGGCGCACAACAUCAUCCACGAUCGGAUCGAAAGGCGUGGCUCCGUUCACUUUGAGCUGAUGGUCGACUAAGGAGGCAACAACGCAGCAAACAACAACAGCCCCAUAUAUGUAUAACAACACACCGCAUCGUCACAUCGCAUUGUAUACCUCAGCAGCGGCAAAUCACCACCACCACCAACAUCAGCAUCAUCGAAGCACUUAUGGCGGAGCGUUUUUCGACAACAAAUAAUGAAUAAA